AAUUUUCACCCUUUUGUGUGCUACGCUUACGAGUAAGAGUCAAACACAAACUAAUACGAACAGGUGCAUCUCAAGAAAUUAGAAUAUCUUUGAAAAGUUCAUUCAUUUAAGUAGCUCAAUUCCAAAAGUGAAAACUCUUAUAUUCUAGAUUCACGCCACACAGUGAAAUAUUUCAAGAAUGAAUGAAUGAAAACGAGUUCUGUUCCUGUAACACGUUCUAAGUCUAAUUUAAGUCGGAACUCAUACCUAAAUUCACACGUCGCUCUCACAUAAAAUACAGUAAUAAAAACACUAAAUAAAAAAAAUUCUAUGAAACACUACGCUGCUUAGUUAUUACUGUCUCUUUUAUAGGAGCAGAUCCUGAAACAUAUUCAAGGAUACUGUAGCGACCUGGCAGUUAUGUGUAGGUGUUAGAGACUUUUGCGAUUUCCUCCUGUCUGUGAACGUGACAGACUGAGCCAUGACUGUGUGGGUGGGUGCGAAAGGACGGCUGCAUUCAAAGAGGCCAGUUGAGUUUGCUGAUGUUGUUUUGGUGUGGUUACGGCCAACAGGAGCCUGUUUUAUUUUUGCAAUAAAGAAAUUAUUGAUCGAUCACGCCCUCGUCAUCCUUACAACGUCCGAGCAGACAUUACGAACGAUCUUUAUCCUUAUUGAUGGUUGCGAGAGUCGAGGGUUGAGAGUUCUCAAGCAAGUCUUGAGUUGACGCGUCAAAAUGAAGUAUUUAACGCCAUAAACCUACACCUGUAUGAUGUUUUUGACUCAAAGCUGCACUGGUGUCAAGAACUGGGGGGAAAUUUAAAUAUGCAAUCUAAAAUAUACUGAUUGUAGCACUUUAUUUUUUUAGUAGACAGUCAUGGAAAAAUGAUUACACCACUCUUGUUUCUUCACCUUCUUGUUCAUUUUAAUGCCUGAUACAAUUAAAGGUACCUUUGUUUGGACAAAUAUAACAAUGACAACAAAAAUAGUUCAUAAGAGUUAAAGGUUUUUCAGUACAAUGCUAUAUAUAUUCAUGUAAGAAUGUAAGUGAUUUGGGUUAUUAUCAAGAAAACCAUGGAAGUUGCUAGGAAAUUGCACUUAAAUUAAACUGUUAUGCGCUAUAUUUGUUAUCAUCAUUAUAUUUGUCCAAACAAAUGUACCUUUAGUUGUACCAGGCAUUACAAUGGAUCAAGAAACUGACAAAACAAGGGUGAUCUAAUAAUUUUUUCCAUGACUGUAUGAUGUACAUACACUUAAACCAGUGCGUUAGGAGGAAGGAAAGGGAGAACAUACUUUAAUUUUGUAUGUUUGUCUGCAUAACGCAACAAAAAUUGGAGUAUCCACAGUGGAAUACAUGGUGGUGGUCUACUACAAUGGAUUUGUAUUAUUUACAGUAUUAAUUCUUGCGCUAUACUGUGUAAACAUGAUACAAUUACAUCUGUAAAUGUUGUAGUUAGUUGCUGACCUGUCCUCCAGGCUGGACAUGUUUUGGACAUAUGGACUUGGUGAAGUUUGAGGCUUUGAGAAGGAAGAUUGUAGAGAAACGGAGACAGGACGAGAGAGAGAGAGGGGGAGUGGGAGGGAGGGAGGGAGGACGCACGUGGCACGUCGCAUAUGGUCAGUGUUGAUCCUCUCCCCUCUCCAGUCAUUCCUGGUUCUCCUCCAUGAUUACCUCCUCCCGUCAUGGACGCCUUGCAGUCGCAACCUGUAGGCGCCAUCGGGGAGGAGGCGCAGGACAUGUAUCGCACCCUGGCCUUCGACACGGCUCUCAGCACCCUGCUUGCCGUGGCCGUGUACGUGGCGCUCAAAGUCGGUCUGGACGGUAUCCGCCAGUGGCGCGCCCGGAUCUCGGUGCUCAUCGUGGGCUCGGGACCCGUGGGUCUGACCGCCGCGUUGGUCGCUGUCCGCUCGGGCAAGGUGCUGAAGCUGACCGUACUGGACGAGCGCUACCGGAGCGCGCUGCUGUGCCGGCCCCAGCAGAUCGCUCUGGACCCACGCAGCGUCAAGUUCCUGCUGGGACUCGGCGUGGACUUUGACAACAUGGAGGGUUGCUGGCACAACGAGCACUUCUUCACUCGGAUAGGCGUGUUCCAGGAGUACCUGCUCAGCAUCCUGGAGCAGAAGAAGCAGAAAGUGGACGUCAAGGUGCAGCUCGGCACUAAGUUCACCGAGGAGUACCUCCGCCGGAUGCCUCAUGGCGAGUGGCCACGCGUGAUCGUAGUGGCCGACGGCUCGUGUGGCGACUCUUGCACAGUGCUGGGUCUCAGCUCCGAUUACACCGCGGAGUCCUGCCACGCCUACGGAGCCAACGCCAGCAUCGAGAGGUUGGACCAGAGACAGGUACCCACACCUGAGAUCCGCGCCCACAACCUCUACUUUGACCUGUCAGCCUACGGUGUGGAAGCCCUGAGGGAGCACCGGAACACCACAACCAAAUCGGGCUUCCACUUGAAGAUCUACGGUACCUUCAGGAACCGCUACAUGGCCCUUGUGUGCCCUGCAUCAGACACCAAGAUGGUCCGCUUCCUCAGGCACACUGCCAACUCCUCUGUCAUGAAGAAUAUUUUCCAUCAGUCCUUCAACGCCUACAAGACGGAUAUUGAACCCAGACUCAAUGACGUGACGCUCUACCACAUGCAGUGCAGCCGCCGCCUCUUCGAGAUCCAGCUGUCGCACAGACACGUCACCGCCGCUUACAUCGAGGGGGACAAUGUCGCCGUCACGGUGGAAGGGGAGGCAGCCCGCGUCCUCAACUAUGACACAGGUGGUGUCCCAUUUAAAAUGCUUUUGGCAGAGACUAAUAAUAAGACAGGAAGAAUUCUAUUUUGGUACAUCGCUGUCGUAUUGGAUGUCUUGCCAGUGAGAAUCUUCUAUCCCGCCAGGCUGUGGGGUGAAUCUUGGCCUGCGAGGUCUCGAGUCCAUGGGGACGUUCAUCUACCGCACAGCCACCGCCGCUGACCAGAACGACAUUCUAGAAGCGCUCUCAGCUAAGAUGCUGCACUCGAGAAAAGUGGCCGAGACCUUCAAACAGUCAGGCCUGAGUGAGUCAAUGUAUGCCUCAGGGUGACACAGGUGGAUCAGGUAGACACAGUGCCCCCUAGUGGUCAUGGAAAGAGAAGGUAAUGAUGCUGAAAUGACUUGCGAGUGGAUUCAUGGCGACUAGGUGACAACAACAACUGAGAACAUACAGUGUGUGGAAAAUAUGCCAAAAUAGACAUUAAAGACACACAUCUGCCUUUUCACAUGUAAACCAUAAUACUGUAUAUAGAUCUGACUAUGGUUUUCUGAUGUCUUUGCUUUCUGUGCUUUUCCUUUUUCUUAUGUAAGAAUGAUGCAAGUACAACUGCAUUAAAAAAAACACCAAGGAUUAUAUUCUUUAAAAAAAAGAAAAGAGUUUGA